CAGACACCCCUGCAAAGGCUGACCAUAAGGAAAUCUUAUGCGGCUGCUCGGAACGUCUUUACUUUCAUCGUCUACAUGCAAUGGCUCCCCUUAUUCCUAGCUCAUCAACGCCCGACACCUCCUAGGCUCAUAUUCGAAAGUCCACUGCAUCUUCAAGAUUCAAACUCAACCUUUGGCACUCCCGUUUCCGUGUCUGUGCCUCUGCAUCCUCUCUGUGCAGGUCGUACGCUUUGACCCUUGCAAGUUCCUGUGACAUUCCCGUGGAUGUGAAAGGUGAUGCUGAGAAUUCCAAGACUCCUGAGUUCCGCCCUAGCGGAGGGUAUGUCGACCCAACACUGCGGCUAUGUAAGGGUCAAGAAAGCUCCUGCCUAUGAUUUCAAGCCUACUUCUCCAAGGACACCCUCGACGAGAGUGAAAGUGCCAUUUUUCUACCACAGAGGCAAAAACAAGACUGAAGUUCCUGCUCUGUCUGUGAGCUCCCCUCAAAAGAUUCCUCCAUCCAAGCCUCGAGUGCUGCCUGCUACAACAAACAAAGCGGUUACGCACAUCGAGCAACCCAAAAUUUCGCAAGGGACACAAGCAGCCUCAAGCUCCAAGACCUCUACCAGCGGGAGUAUAGAGACCGCUGCAAAAUCUGUCUCGCUCUCUACCCCUGCCUUUCCCACACCCAAGCAGGAGGAAACGCAAACGAAACCAAAGCCCAUCCACAUGCAUGCUUGUCGUAUCUUCUCAUUCGCCAUUGCUUCAUCCCGUAUAUGAUGAGUUCAGCCCUUACAACCAACAACUCAUCACAUUUUCGCAAUAUCAGUCGGAUGUUGUCACGGCCACACCCUCAUGACAGGGCAACGUACACUGCAACCUUGAUGACAAGUAUCUGUUAGAUUUGA